CUCCCAUGAAGUCAAACGGCCACAACGAUGCACAUCAAGAUCAUUGGCUUACUGUGCCUUUUCCUUGUUCAGCUCAACCGGGCAUCCGAUGUGACCAUCAACAGCUACCGAUUGGAUCCUGAAACUGAUCUCGAGUUCUACAACCCCGGCACGUUGAGAGUCACGAAAAAGUCGCGCAAUUUGUUGCUUAUCACGGGAUCGUGGGACCUGUUCCAGAACAUCGGCGAAAACGUUCAGUUUGUUAAUAUAGUGUUGCGUAAAAAUCUUGUAACGGGUCGCUAUCAGAAGAUUAUGGAGCAGAAAUUGACAUUUUGCGACUUUGUAAAUAAGGAUACGCUUAUUGUGCCGAAGAUCAGAGAAGUGUCCAACAUUCCGGAGCCAGGAACGUGUCCGCUUCCAAAGGGACGGUUUACUAUAAAUGACUACAAGUUCGAGCUUCCGGAGGCUUUGCCGCUGCCGCCAGGUGAUUAUCUAAUCGUUGGACGAUUGGUGAAGGAUGGACAGUUGAAAAUGGGCCUAGAAUGGUCAAUUACAGUGCAAAAAUAAUCGCAUCCUUAUCUUACGAAUCUUAAAAAAAUUACAAGAAAUAUCAUUGUUCUGCAGUUAAAAUAAAAAAAUAUGCGGAAGAAUGUA